CAAUAAUUGGAAACUGUUGUAAAUUCCUUUUUUUCUUUGUAUCUAUUAUAAAACAAUUAUUUCUAUUAAAAUGAAUUAUUGUUCAUCUAUUUGUCUGGUAAUUUUUAAAUUUGAUUACUUUUAAGAUUAUUUAUGGUGUAGUAUAUUAUGCAAUCUGUGGUUAGUAUAAGCAAAGAAUAUUGUAAGAUAUGUCAAAAAACUGUUUAGUUAUGGUGUUGUCGGAAAGCGGUCUAAAAAGAAACAAUGGUCAACAAAUUGUUAAUGAUACGUUCUAUUGCCCAGUUUUGGGUUGUAAGUACAACUUACAUUUUGGUCAAUCUAUGAAAUCUUUUAAAACUCAAAAACUUCUUAAACAACACUGUAUCAAAGUGCAUUCCGACAAAAAAUACAAAUGUGAUAAUUGUGAAAAAGGUUUUCCUUUAGAAUCAACAUUAAAAUCACAUCGUAUAACAUGUGGAGUAAUAUAUUCUUGUUAUUGUGGGGUUCAAUACAAAUCUCCAGAAGCAUUUCUCACUCAUACAAAACGAAAACAGCAUAACAUUGGAUUAGGAUAUUCAACUAUUAUGAAAUUUUUGAAGACAAGAAAGUUGUUGCCAAACACAGAAGAUGUACAAGAAUUAGAAUCUAGUAAAAGAUCAACUCAGACACAAACUGUUACUGAUAUUCAAACUUUAUCAGAUUCAUCAACUCAGACUACAUUUGAAAAUAAGGAUUGCAUGUUAAGAUAUAAUGAUCCAAAACUCUCUUCUGCUACUUCUAGUCCUAUUAGACGGUUAUGUGCACAGACUCAAACUGAUCCUAUGGGUGACUCUAUUAAAAAUGAUCCAGAUCCAAUGUUUUUAGAUUCAGAAACACAAACCAAUUUCGAAUUUUUAGAUAUUUAUACUCAGACUGCAGAAUCUGAAUGUUUAUUUGGCGAUUUAGAAUUUACUAAUAUUCAAACACAGACACCUUGUAGUUCUUUAUUUCAUGAUGAUUCCAUUGACAUGAGAAAUGAUAAUUCUAUAAAUACAAAUAUGAUAUGAUUUAAUUAAAAUCAGAAUUUAAAAUUUAAAUCUUAGCAGUAUUACAAACCAUUGCUUAUUUUGCUUAAUUAGUGCAAUAAUCAGUCAUUUUAAUUUUGAUAAUAUAUCUAUAGGUUUUGAAUUUCUAGUAUCAUGUUAAUUGUAGGCUAAAUAAAUGCAUAUGUUUAGACAUGUAUAUGCUGACUUUAUUAAUAAACUGCAAGUAUGUCUCAUGUAUUUAUCUCUUGACAUUUCAUUACCCCUCUAAAGUGAUCACGUAUAUACAAUUUUUAAAUUUUUUAUUGAUUAUUUUAAGGCUAGUAUUACAAGUAAACACAUUGUCAUCACCUAUAUCAACACAUUAUAUAUUAUGAUUAUUAAGUUGUUGUUUCAAAUAAUUUUAAAUAACAAUUAAUAAUCCUUUAAUUAACAUAUUAAAUGUUAUUUUGUACAAUAUAUAUUUUUUAAUUUUAUAAAAUGGCUAA